AUGGCCUCCAAUUUUGACCUUCCUCCAUUUUCUUUUCAUUUUUCCCUCUUCUUACCCCCCUUCCGUAUUCUUUGUUUAUUUCGUUCGGACUUAACCCCGCCCUCUCCAAAGCCUUAUGGCUACUUCCAGGGUCACGAUAUCAAAAUCUAUGCACUGUCUCAGUCCAGGGCCAAUGAUAUCAAAAUCUAUACACUGUCUCAGUCCAGGACCAAUGAUAUCAAAAUCUAUGCACUGUCUCAGUCCAGGGCCAAUGAUAUCAAAAUCUAUACACUGUCUCAGUCCAGGACCAAUGAUAUCAAAAUCUAUGCACUGUCUCAGUCCAGGACCAAUGAUAUGAAAAUCUAUGCACUGUCUCAGUCCAGGACCAAUGAUAUCAAAAUCUAUACACUGUCUCAGUCCAGGACCAAUGAUAUCAAAAUCUAUGCACUGUCUCAGUCCAGGGCCAAUGAUAUCAAAAUCUAUGCACUGUCUCAGUCCAGGACCAAUGAUAUCAAAAUCUAUACACUGUCUCAGUCCAGGACCAAUGAUAUCAAAAUCAGUCUCAGUCCAGGACACAAAAUGUCUCAGUCCAGGACCACCGUCUCAGUCCAGGGCCAAUGA